AUGCAAUCUCUCAAUCAUUCUUUUACUGUGAAGCUGCAAUCUCGGGCCAACUAUUCGUCUUGGCGUCUUCAGUUUACUCCUUUAUUGACUAUGUUUCGUGUUGCCGGUAUUGUCGACGGCACCGAACCUGCACCGCCACGUUUUCUUCCUUCCAGAUCUUUCCCGUUCUCCGUGGCUGCACAACGUCGGCGGCUGCAUGGAGCUCUUCACAGGUUUCGGCACUCUUUCUUAUGCUCAAUGCAGACCCGACUUGUUAUGGAGCUCCACAGCUUGCAAAAAGGUGACUUGUCGGUCACGGCUCUCCUCUCCAAAGCGAAGGGCAUCGCCGAUACACUGCAGCUUGCCGGCCAUCGCAUAUCUCCUGCGGAGUUUAAUGCGAUAAUCUUCCGCAAGCUUAGUGCCGAAUUCAAUGGCAUCAUCGGAGCUCUGCAACAGCGAUCUGAACCCCCUUCCUAUCAAGAUCUCCUUGGACAGUUAGUUUCGUAUGAGGUACUUCUUCACGCCCAACAGCCGGUCCUUCAGCCCACGGCCAUGCUCGUGCAGUCGCCACCUUCUCCUACGCCGCCUCAAUCCUCUCGUGCUUGUCGCUCGCAACGCGGCGGCCGGCGCAAUCAGGGUUCUGGUCGUGGUGGUGGUCGGCGUGGGUACACUCCUCCCGCUCCGGGUGAGAUGUGUCAGCUUUGCGGUAUCUUAAAUCACACGGCCGCCACUUGUCGACGCCGUUUUGAUACUACUUUUGUUCCUCGACCCCCUGCCGUUCGGUCGGCUGCUUAUGCCCAAGCAGGUUCUGUUGCACCGCCUUCAGCUGGUUUGUUGCCUCUUCCGUCUUAG